AUGCUUUUGGUUUAUGGCCGGGCCCUAAAUAACGGCCACAGGGCACGUAGACUUUAUGGAGAGCUGUAUUCCACGAGAAGGUUGCCUAGCCAUGAUACGUUUGCAAAUACUUAUAGAAGGCUACGUGAAACUGGCAAAUUGCAACACAGGGAACCAGGAGUACGUGGAAGACCACUUGAUGUUGCUGUGGAUGAGCGUAUCUUGGCGGCUUUUGACGAUGAUCCCACUAUAAGCAUUAGAAAAGUAGCGACUGAACUCGGCUUUUCUGUAUGGAAAGUGUGGUCGGUUCUCCGCAACCAUUGCAAGCACCCAUUUCACCUCACCCCAGUGCAAGGUUUAAGCGAAAACCGUUUGUACUUAGACUAUGUAGAGUAUUGUAAAGAACGUCAAGUUGUACCUGAAAAGGCCAGUUUUUACAAAUUUAUUUUUACCAACGAAUUUAAUUAUGGUUUCCAUCGCCCUAAGAAGGAUCAAUGUGACCAUUGUAUUCAAUUUAAGAAUAGGCCAGAGCAUGAGCAGCAACUUCAUAAAGAAGAGUAUGAUUUGCAUAUUAUUCGUAAAAACGAAGCAAGAAAGCAUAAAGUUCUUGACAAAAAUCGUACCAAAGUAGAUCCUGGCUUUAUUGCCUUUGCUAUGGACCUGGAAAAACUACUAUUAGCUCCAAACUUACAGGCUGGUCAGGUGUAUUAUAAAAGAAAGUUAAAGAUUUACAAUUUUACAUUGUAUAAUUUAGGAGAUUCUGAGGCUACAAAUUAUAUGUGGCAUGAAGGAGUAGGUACUAAAGGUGCAUCGGAGAUAGCCACUUGCAUUUGGAUGCAUUUAUCGUCAUUGGCUCCUGAGAUAAAAGAAAUAACUUUAUUUUCUGAUACUGCUUCUGGCCAGAAUCGGAACACUAUUAUUGCCGCAAUGUUUUUACAUGCAGUAACAGUUUUGCCAAUCCAAACCAUUAAUCAAAAGUUUAUGGAGUCUGGACAUUCAGAGAUGGAAUGCGAUAGUGUACACUCUGCAGUUGAAAACAGAGGGAGGCAUGUAGAUAUCUAUACACCAGAAGGCUGGUACACUGUCGCACGUACGGCUAAAACAACAAAGCCAUAUUACAAGAUCAAAGAGUUGACAUAUUCAGAUUUUAUUGACUUUAAGUCGUACAAGAAGUUGGAAGAUGCUCUCGCAGACUUGUUUGCUCUGUCAGACGGCGAAAACUCCGACGACGGCAAUGAGAGUAAUGAAGUCGAGAAUGAAGCAGUUUUCUCAUCAUUUACCAGUACAGAACUUGAGGAUAUUUUAGGUGGAUCUGGUCUGAAUGAAUCACAGCCAACAACAUCAACAGUUUCGAUUGUUCCGUCAUCUUCUAAUAUGGAUAUAUCUGCCACACAUGAUAGUACUACAGGUAGUACUCAACCUACUCCCUCUAAUUCUAGAAUGUCUUCAAUCACAAGACCUGCUGCACCUGCUGAUGACACGGAUAACUCGGAAGACAGUUCAGAAGAUAACUCGGAAGAUGAUGGCGAUGAAGAGUGGAAAAAAGUGCAGUUUCCACACAUUCCGCCUAUUGAGAAAUUUGAUGACAUUUUACUGCGACCAUCACUUUUUUUCCUAAUCGAAGAACUAAAAGCUUUUUUUGGUAUUUUGAUACUUAUGGACAUUCACGUACUUCCAAAUAUAUCUCUCUACUGGUCUUCCGACCCUAUGUUACGUGUUGCAGAGAUUGCUAAUGUUAUGACAGUAAAGAGAUUUAAAAAGAUUUUGGCAAAUUUACACCUAAACGACAACAGUCAAAUGCCCAAGAGAGAUGAAGAAGGAUCACCUAGUGAAAAUGAUCUGCCGUCUAACGACGGGAGCCAUAGAGGCCAUGGUAGUCGUGGCGACCGUGGCAACCAUUAUGGUGGAGAACGCCCUAACAGUCGGAGACACCGGGGAGGCCGAAGAGGACGCGGAGGACACGACAAUCAGCCCUCCCAAGCAAGGAUAUUGGCGUCGCCGGAGCGCGAACCGUGCGAGUUCAUAGAACCAGAAUGUGAUAGCCAGCGUAAAAAAAUUAUUAUUUUAGAGGAUAUACAAUUGGUGCCCCCCAAACACGCCGAAAUCAUGGCUAACGUCGAGAUACAUAACAUUCAACAAUCGCCGCCCGGGGAUGUCGAGAUAGAUGAAAUUCAACUAUCUCCGCCCAGGGACGUGGAGAUACAAGACCUGAAACCUAGAGAUUUGCUGCGUAUCGGUACGUCAGACCUCGAUACCGUCCCUUAUUCUCCCGACUACUUAGACAGUCUGGAUCCGGAUCGCUUAGAUACGGAGAUCAAUAGAGCCUUAAUGGCAAAAACUCCUAAAAAAAGGGGCAUACCUUCUGCAAAUUCUUCCUCAAUAAAUCCCUUGAUAGAUUGA